UGUUAUUGACACAUGGUUUAUUUGAUGUGUGAGUAAUUUCUCCUAUUUUAGUAUUGUUGACGUGAAUACGUCGCAUAAAAGUGUAAACUGAUAUUUUACAUAGAGCACAAUGACUAACGUUUUAAAGGAAACUAAUCAAGAAGCUCUUGUCAGCAAAUGUUUGAAUGCAAUAGAACAAGCGGAGUCUGAUAACGACCUGUUCGCUGCGUUGUUUUUGGUUACAAAGGUACUUCGUGCAGAGAAAUUGGAAGCAGACAUUAGGAAAAGAUUGUAUGAUGCCAUUGGAUUUGACUUCAUCAACAGGCUACUGAUCACUGAUGAUGUUCCAGAAGAAUGUGAUGAGUACACGUAUAAAGCGCUAGCCUUGACAUUGUUGGCAUGCUAUGCCACAGAGCAAGACUUACUGUCAAAUGUCUCAAUGUUGGGAAAUGUGCCAUUCUUCAACAAAGUUAUCGGUGGUGCUUUCAGUACUGCAGGCAAAGAUGAAUCUGAGAUUAUGAUCCAUGAAGCUUACCAGUGCCUAAUGGGUUUGGCAUCAAUAAGGGAAGGACGAGAUCAAUUGAUAGAAAAAGGAACUGUUGGCACCAUUUGCCGGGCAUUUUCAGAAAACUUAUAUGGAGAGGAAAUGGCUUUACAGCUAGUUCUGUCACUAGUCUGUGUGUGUGGUCCAGCUACAUGGCAAAAUGAUUCGAAAUCCCAAGAUAUUUUACUUAACAAACUUUCAGGUGACCUUCUCUCAGAUAAGACACACAAGAAGUUUGAGCUUUUGGAAGUGACAGUAGUCUUGCUGCUAGGAACGUUUGAUAGAAGCCAUGCUGAACCAGACUUCAGCAAGCCAUGGAUGAAGAACUUACACAGCACUGUGUCAGAGCUGUUGCAGAGUAAACUAGGGCAGGAGCAGAGAGAGAGUGUUCUGAAGUUAGCCUCAUUACUCACCGAACAUACUGGACUUGCUUGGAUUCUGGGACCGGCAGGGAAUGCUAUCAGGCACCUACUCCUGCUCGUGAAUCUUGCCGGGAUUGAAGUCCGAAUGAAUUUGGAGGAUAGAAGCUUGUCGCAGGUCGAAAGCAGUGCGAGUCUGCUGUGCAGCUGUUACUCGAUACUAGAGAGCGCCAUACAGUACAUGGUCGAGGGCGUGUCCCUCCCGCUCUCCAUGCAGCAGAUCGGACAACUGCACUCCACGAUGCACUCGGCGCUGGCCGCCGUGAUUGGCUACCUGGAGCUGGUUGCCCGGGAGACGGGCAUGGGCAGCUGCCUCGGCGGCGCGAGGAUGGAGCUAGAGAUAACGGAGCUCCGGGAGGAGGCGGAAAUCGAGCGGUGCAAGAACGCGUUAGUGGUGCAGGCGUCCGUUCGUCUGCUGGGGGCGUGGAUGGCAGAGGAGACCGUAGCGCUGAGAGCAGACGUCGUUAACCUGCUGCCAUUCCUCCUGCACCUGGGUGCAGGGAAUAUCAGUAAGAUAGUAGCCAAGGAAACUGAGAGUGAGAGAAAUACAAGCCAGGAUGAAAAUAUCCAACUAACUCAGCAAGACAUGCAAGUGGAAUCGGGUAUGCAGGCUUGCGCAGAUAGCGAGACCAUAGACCUGCUGCGGUUCCUCGUGCCUGGACUCUGCCACCUGGUCGCCGAAGAAGGACCGAGAAAGCUGUUACUGGAGCAGGGGGCGCCACUGCUACUCAUGCGCUUCAUGCGUCAUCACUGGAAGAGGUGGAUCGCAGAUCCUGCUGACACAAACUCACAGACAACCUUAAUAAGCAUCUGUGGAUUCUUUCAAAACAUUGUUGUAACAGAGCCAGAGUUGGUAGCCGGUGAUGAACUGUUCACAGAACUUCUGCAGUUUGCACUUAGCACGUUCCACACAGUGGAUGUCAAGGAUGUAGUUUUGGUUGGAAAUAUCUUGGUCCUCGGUUUGUUACUGGUGAAAAACAAAAGUAUUGACAGCUCCCCAAAUCAAGUGACAGCGGAGGCCAGCAGUAAAUUUUUCCUAGCAGCGGUGAGCUUUCUCCGGUCAGUGCACACAUUUAAGAAUGGACGCCUUGCAGUUAAACCAGCUUUCCAAAAACAUUGGGAGGAUUGUGAAGAGCUUUGGUUUCUUGCAAUGCAAGUGCUUGGAGCCUGCAUAUCUCAGCUUCCCUGGUUGCCACAGCGACUAAGAUUGACAGGCUGGCCAGCAUGGAUACAGACGAUGGUAAAGAAUGUUAAAGGUACUGGAAUCACUGAUGAAGAAAUGGCAGCAUUUGCUAGCAUACUUGAAACACUAGAAGAACCAAAGAGACAAGUUCUAUAGCAUGACCAAUCAAAUUGAUCAAGGAAACGAAGCUGAACAAUGUUCUAAUCAAUCUGGUAUCAUGCUCUUUGUCCAAAGCUGAUGAUGAUUUCAAGUACUAUUUGUAGUUUCUGUUUAAAGCUUUUCUAAUCUGUGCAAGGAAUCACGUGAUUUUCAUGUAUUUGUACAUUUUAACAUUAUAACAAACAGUUGCACAAAUAUAUUUUAUUAUUUAUUAUUAAA